AUGGAGGCUGGACAGGAGGACGAGUGCGCAGUUACCGGCAAUUUCGGACGGACUCUGAAGCCGCUUUGUCCAGUGUCCCACUGCCCCAUCGAGGAAGCAGCAAUCGGUCGCGAUUGCCACCAUAUCCAGGUUUUCGACCUUCAAGCGUAUAUUGCGGUGAACCAGAGGAUGAGGUCUCUCGAUAAGCGAUGGACUUGUCCGGUCUGUGGUUCUGCGUUAAGACCGGACGACGUCGUUCUGCAUCCCUUUGCCCAGGGCAUCCUCGACACGCUUCGGGGCGACGAGGACCUGGUGGAAGCGAUCGUCUUCAAUGAGGAUUGCUCCUGGUCGACGAUUUCCGCCGUCAAGGACGAGAACCGGACAGGAGAAGACGGCGAGGAGGGCAACCGAGCAGAGAUGAUAGACCUGUCCGACUGA